AUGUGUCUUUGUCAUCAUGUCGCCUAUGUCGCCCAUGUCGCCGUCCUCUUGGAACUCUGCAGAACGCAUGCCAAGCGCCUGGCGCCGUCAACUCGUACUCAUACUCCCUGCGGUGGCUUCUUGCUUCAACAGGGGCGAUCCAAGACCAACAUUGAGCUGCAUCCGAGGGCAUCACCCGCAAGACUGAUCGACACCUUCGCGUUUGGCAGCGCCUCUGAGCUGGAGGAGUUGCGCCUUCGGUUUUACGAGAUGGGUGAAGAGGUCUCCGAGUUUCACAUCGUCGAGGGUGAUCGUGAUUUCACUGGAACAAAGAAGCCAUAUGAGUUUGAUACCGUGCUCAGUGGGGGUAAGCUGGACAGGUGGAAAGACAAGAUCACGUAUCACAAGGCCAAGAUUCCCGAGGGCGUGAAGGGUUACGCGCUGCAAGAGGUGCAGAGGCAAGCCAUGCGAGCUCAGAUGCACGACUACAGGGACUACCUUCCAACGGACAUCCUCUUAGAAGGAGACUUGGACGAGAUCGUCAGCCGCGAAGCGUUGCAAGCGCUGAAGAGUUGCGAGCCGGCGACGGGUUCCUGGAAUGCACGCAUCCGCAUGGCGAACUUCUAUUACAGCCUCGCGUGGACCAACGGUGAUUGGAUCUUGCCAACAACUGCAUCGUUCUUCAGUGAAGGCCAAGCCACAUCCGCCACGUCCUUGGCGCAAUCGAUCUGGGGUCGACCGAACUUGCUGAGUGCAAGGGAGAGCAUGACUGGCUGGCAUGUUGGAUGGAUGCUCAACGGCCCUGCUGCAUUGGCGCACAAGAUGUUCAUCCACGUGGAAGGCUUCCCACACUGGGCUAAAGGAUACUCCAAUGAGUCCGCAUUGGCCGCGUGGUUGGAGGAUUCCUUUCUGCCCCACCCAAACCUCUACGAUGAACGAAUCCAUCCUUCCAAGCUUCGAAGGGCAGACGUUCCCCAAGCCCUCGUGGAUCAUCCGGAGGAGUUUCCAACCAUUCUCCGCAACCUACCGGAAGCAAGCUUGAGCUUCCCCAUGGAUUUGGACACUGAUGCAGCCGCCGCCUCCCAGCUGAGUCUGCUCUGCUUGAUUCCUUAUGCUGGUCUGGCUCUGCUGCUGACCUACUGGAAGGCCAUCUCCAUCUCCACGCAUCUCCUGGGACUCUUGAUCUUGAUCCCUGCCAUCGCGGCCUUCUUCUUUGGGGGGCUUGGCUUCAACAUGUUGACCUGGGGCUUCAUCUUCAUGGCUUUGUGCGACAACCCCGCUGGCAUGUGCUGCGUCUGUCCCUGCUUCUUCAUUUGCGCCAUGGUGCUGUUCCUUGCCCUCGGCCUCAACUCUCCCGUGCAGCGUUCUUGGGAGAUAGACGCCCUCGAGCCGAUGCGCGGCGUCGGCAUGUGCAGCGAAGAGUGGGGGGACUUCAAGGGAAGCAUUUACUUUAAGGAUGGCGCUCUGACGCAACAGGGUCGAAUGCCCAAACCAUUACUCAUCAACAUCGCGCGGUGCUAUUCAGAGGUUAACAAGGGCAGACCACCCACGUGGUACAGUUGCCACUUCGUCCUGCAGCCAGUCUUUCAGUGUGACGUGGACUCUUCUUACCUUGACUUUGAGUUCUCCGAUGCCUGCAAGCCCCGCGGCUGCGCUUGGGCCAUUACAGCCGAUUCCUCGGCAACGCCUGCGGCUCCUGCAGUCCCAGACUGUGGGCGGCGACAUGGACAGGGCCUUUGCGGGUUCGCAACAGAUCUCGUGAUGCUGAUGCCUCUGAUCAACGAGGAAAGCAAAGACACCUUCCACCAGGCGCUGCAAGAUGCGGCAGCGCAAUAUCCCGGGAAUCUCACGUCGGCAAGCCCUUUGCUGUCCCUGGUCAACCCCAAGGAGGAAUCCGCCUCUCUAAGGUCUUGGGUGCCUGUGUACUACCUCCUCCUAUUCCUCUAUGUGCCCUUUGGUGCGAUGUCGGCCUUUCUGCUGGCAUGCCAGAAACAAGGGCCACAUGCGGCGGUGGACUGGAAAGCGGCCUCUCAAGGGCUGGCUGCGAAGCUUCGCGGAGCGGCUCGGGCAUGGUGGCGUGGCCCGUACAAGGCGGCCCGGCCGGAAUGUGAGCGAGACGAAUCACAUCAUCGUGAAGUUUUCCUCGCGCCUUUCUCCCUCUGCUUCGUGCAUGUGAGUGGGUAUCUGUGGAAGUUUGGUUUUCUGUUUGUGGGGGAUGAACGGGAUGUCCAGCCGGUGUUGCAGCUCUUCCGAAGUGUUGCAGACGAGAUCAAGGAAGCGGACCGCCAGCGCGUGGAAAGACUUGUUGAUCCUGUGACGAUGUUGUGCGCACAUGCUUGGCCGGAGGUGGGGCGCUGA